UGAAGUGAAUAUUGACUGACAACAUUCCUUAUACAGAAAGUUAUGAUCGCUUCAUGAUGGUAUGGAUGAUAGUUGCUGGAAUUGUGCGGAAAGAUGAUUGACCCACGUGGACAUUGGUCAUCUGAGAGCCUGAGGUCCUUUGUAUGUUCUGACAAGGACUUCUUUCAUUGCUUCACACCAUUGUCCUUCUCCAUCAGUCAUGAGUUCCUCCAAGUUGACCGAUUUACUUUGUAAGGGCCAACAUGAUAUCGAUCCAAAUGAGAAUCACAAAACUUCGACAGGAAGUAGUGAAAAUAGUAGUCGGAAGGGUCUAGCAUCGUUUAUGGUAUCUGUUACGGUGAUGCGAAGACGAAGAACAUCUCCACAAGUUUUACUUAAGGCUAGCAUUACAACGGUUUUGGUGGUGACUAUCGGAUUCAUAGUAUUGUAUACUAUUCUGUUGAAGUAUUUCUCCAACACUGUGCCUUAUGUACCUGAGGAAUGGGAGCGGAUACGCAGUCAGUUCCACACUCAUCACAGGCCAAAACUUAUACCCAGGCCCAUGGACCUAGACCCAAGUGACUAUGUGACUUCAGAAAUAAAAUAUAGACCUCCAAAAUGGAAUAUAUCAAAUUAUGAUUUUAAUAAUAAUUUAGACAAUACCAAGUUAUGUAGACAGAAAUUUCAGUAUUUAGUGAUCAUAGUGUCAACUAGGACAGAGUUUGAACGUCGAAUUGCAAUAAGAAACUCCUGGUGCCGACCUCAGAGAUACAAUCUGCCUUCGGAUGCCUGGGGAUGUGUCUUUCUUUUAGGAGUUGGUUCACAACAGGAACCGAACAGAGAAACAGUGGAUCAACGAAUAGAUCUGGAAAUUAAAACCUACAAUGAUAUUCUCAAAGGCAGCUACAUUGAUUCUUACAGGAAUCUCACCUAUAAGGUACUACAUGGACUUCAUUGGGCCAGCAGGUCAUGUCCUACAGAGUUCGUGCUGAAGACAGAUGACGAUUGUUUCGUCAAUACUCACCUGUUACAUAUACUCAUACUGCAUCAUAGAGAUGCUAUGAACCUGUACAUAGGUAGUGUAUCUAGUAAACAACAUGAGGUGCUGAGAGACCCAAACAGUGUGUGGUAUGUGUCGGAAGAGUUGUAUGCUGAAAAUUUUUAUCCUAGGUACGCCAGCGGGGCUGGCUAUCUGUUGUCCUCUGAUGUAGUGACUAGACUUAUAGACGUGAGCCGAUAUAGAAUACCCAUUCCUAAUGAGGAUGCCUACAUAGGAAUCCUUGCACAAGACAUUGAUGUGAAGCCUUUACAAAGCGGCCGGUUCACGCUGAUGAGCAUAGGCUGGACGCUGUGUAAUUACCUCUACCUAGUGGUGAUCCAUAAGGUGCUGCCCGACCAACAGGAGGACAUGCUUAACAACACCAUAAGAGCCAGAACCAGUCAUUUGUGUACACCCACACCUAAUGAGCAGCGACUCACCUGGAACUAGACCAUACACUGGUUUGACUGGGCAGAAAUGGUAUUAAUUGUGAUCGUGGACUAAAUGCAGCCUCCAAAAACACUUCAAAUGUUGUGUAUAUAUAAUUACACCCAGAACUGAUGGAUGACUCUCAGUUAUAUAGAGAUCAUAAUCACCUUCAGACCUCAGGAUGGAUUUGGCAGAACUUUCCUGUACAUUAGGACCAGACAGCAUAGUUGUAGAUUUGUA